GUUUCUACUGGCGGUAAAGGUAAGAAGAAGUUCCCCAUAUUUAUUCUAUACUAGUCUGUUUUUUUCUUUCCUUUAGGCGCGCACGCGCAUUUUGCUCCCUGGAAACCAAAAAAAAAAAAAUAAUAAAAACCAGAAUUAUGGACUGAGGUUAAAAAACAUUAAAAUCCCCACAGGCGAUGACCGAUCAAGACAAUUCCUACCGACCACGAUCCCCUGAUUUUUCCGCCUUCCAAACCCCCAUCUCCCCUUCCGUCAACCACCCCGUCUACCCGUUCGGGAAUCCGCUCGCCCAUCGCGCUUCCUACGACGCCUCACCUUUCUUCACCCCGCAGUAUCAACAACCCCCGGCCCCGCCAAGCAGGGUUCCCCAGCAGUAUAUCUAUCCCUUCGCUGACGCGGCACACCUAUACACGGAUAUGGCUCGUCGCUCGACGCGUCUCGCUCAGGCCGCCGAGGCCGCGCCGCCGCCCCAAAGCAAGUACAUCGACCCCGUUGUAUCGGAAGACGAGGAGCCUGCCCGGCCUCCUUCUCCUUCCCCUCCUCCGCCUCCUCCUCCCCCGGCGCCGGCUGCUGUCCCCGUCGAGGUGAAAACCAAAUUCCCCGUCGCGCGCAUAAAGCGCAUCAUGCAGGCCGAUGAAGAUGUCGGUAAAGUCGCGCAGGUCACGCCAAUUGCUGUCUCCAAGGCACUCGAACUCUUCAUGAUCUCCCUCGUCACCAAAGCCGCCAAGGAAGCCAAGGAUCGCAACUCCAAACGCGUCACGGCCUCGCACCUGAAGCAAGCUGUCGCCAAGGACGAAGUACUCGAUUUCCUGGCAGAUAUCAUCGCGAAGGUGCCCGAUCAGCCUGCGAGUCGGAAACACGACGACGACGGCAGUGAUCAGAACGAACAGCCGAAACGGAAGCGGGGCGGCCGUCGCCCCAAAGACGAUAGUGAUUAAGUGAUUCUAGGAUAUGGUUCAGCGGCGCAUUAUAGUUUACUGGUUCUGGUUCUUCUUUCGUCGUUAGUAUAUCUGUGAACGAUCUGAUGGGCUAUUCUCUAGACCGGAAUGGAGAAGGGGCGUAUAAUAUAUUUUUCAAGGCGUUGCGGUGGUGGGCAUGGAUGGGCUU